CUGGUAGCUGGAAUCCGGCCCAACCAUGUGACAAAAACCAGUACAUUCAAAGUGGAACUACCCCAGAAGGAGUCAGUGUACGGUAUAAAUAAUUGCAAGGUAGUCCCUUGUUUCGACCAAGAUGUCCACCAGGCUACGGACGUCUAUGUUAUGGAGAUGAUGGAAAUGUCUUCUCACCGGUCAAUGGGACCCGACGGGACAGACGAGCUGGAGCCCAUACAGUGUACGGAGCUAGCAGCUCAGGAAUCGGGGAAAAACCUGCCGAAUAGAUAUGAUAGGAACGUAACAGGGGUGGUGCCAUCUAUAGCGGAGGACGCCUUGGCUUCGCCCAGUGCGUGUGUAAGCUGGGAGGAGUUCCCUCCUGCAGCCCCGGCCGCACAGAUGCCGCUGUUGAAGAAGUAA